AAUUUCAAUCCAUAGGUGAAUGUAAUACCAUGAUAUUUAACUCAGAAAUCAGCGACAAGGCGCUCACGAUGUUUGUAUUCAAGACAAUCAACAAUAUGGAAAUCCGCUUCUGCAGAGCUAUUUGUUACAUGAAUGGAAAUCGCUGUCUCUCAUACAACUUCGAUAUCAACUCCAAAACCUGUGAAUUAAGCGAAUCAGACCAUGUAAUGAAUCCUGAGAAUUUGGUACCCAGGUCUGGCUCCAUUUACAAUUCAGCUAAGAAUAAAUGCAAAUGUGCAAAUCAUGAAAUAUGCCGGUACAACACUACCUCGAAUACAUACAGAUGUGAAUGUAAUGCCAAUUAUGCAGGCUCCAACUGUACAACAGAAGCAAAUUCCCAGUCAACAACAACAACAGCACCAACCAGUGGAGACGUAACGACCCAGUCAACAACUACAUCUACUACAACAGCUGGAGCCUCGGCAACCGAUUCACAAGCAAGUACUUCUACAAAAGCAGAAACAACUGCAUCAACAACUACUCAAACGCCAACAACCGAGCCAGAGACAACGACUAUGUGGCAAUAUCCUCAGCUCUUUCCCAGGAAGUUACAUCAUUUACUUUAAACUUUUGGCUGAAGCCUUCUUCAUUAUACGAUAAGAUCCUUCAGGUCUUUUCUUACUAUUCUGAUAGUUCGAAAUCCUCUGCUUUGUCUGUGGCGAUUAAAGAGGACGGUGUAGCAGAGAUUAUGAUUGGCGGCGACAGUGUAKCUCUUCAAUCGAAACUUAACAGGGACGACACCUGGCAAAACUUUAUUAUCGUGUGGAGAAACAGUGAAGAACAAGUCAAACUUUUCAAAAAUGGUGUCAAGCGUGCAACAUCGUCAGGCAUUUCAAMGGGUACAAAGGUCGAGACUGGAGGGACGAUGUAUUUGGGUCAGAUGCAUCAAGAGGAUGGAUUCGACGASAGCAAGUUGAUGAGGGGAAGUAUUGCAGACCUUGAAAUUUGGAGUAAUGCCAUAAAUAGMGACGCCACAGCAAGCUYAAUAUACAAUUACAAUUGCCAAUCGGCCAYAGGAUUYAACAUGCCUGGACAAAUUCUGACAUGGGAAAGCAUYCUUAAAGCGACCUUUAACGGAGGUGUUGUUAAAGCUUGUCCUUCUACAUGCAARAAGCUCACAACKUCCUAAGAUCGAACACUAUCACCCUCACAGUCAAAUCYACCAUUUGCAAUAGGACUUGACCACUGAUGAUCCAGGAAGAAAUAUUUUUYUGGGUCCAGCAAAUCCUGGAUAACCUGGAUAAUAUAUAGAAUUUCAUAUUCAUUGUGAAGAAUUUGAUAGUACUCUGAUAUUAUUCUGGGUCCAGCUAAUCUUGCCAAUAACCUGAACACAAUAUUACGGUCCGACAUUUUUUGUCGAAUAUUUACAAUUUCAUAUUAGUGAUGAAUUUGAUAAUACUUCGAUAUUUAUUAUUACAGCUCAUCCUGGCAAUAACCUUAAAACCACGUCAUUACCUGCACUUUUUUGUGGAAUAUUYAAAAUUUCGCUAUCUGUCAGAAGAAUUUGAUAAUACUCAAGUUGCAAAUAAAAUGUUAUAUUG